CCUCACUCACUGACUGGUACCUCUUUGAAACCACCUUCUACCUUCUGACUUGUUCAACCUCCAACCAACUCAACCUCUUUGUCUUUUUGCUCUCUUUUCGAUCGCCUUUCUCGCACAAGCCAUCCUCACGUCUCUUAUCACCUUAAUCUAUUACUUACUGCUCGGCGUGUCUUUGUUGCGUCAUUCUACGGAUACUGCUGCCAUCUCCUCCCCAAACGCCGUCAUCUUCCCUCCCUCCGCUGCCGUUUUCGACUCGGCCAGCCUCUCGUCACACACACGAUACCCCUCGUUUCAUCUUGAGUUGCUUGUUUGUCUCUGUCUAGAUACUCCAGCAACCUCAACAUCGCACAUACAAUGUCGUCCUCUAUCGCCAUUCCCGCUGGCCCCUCGGCUACCCGCCCAUUCCAUAAGGGCACCGGCUCUUCUACAAACAGCCCGUUUGGCACUCCUUCGUCUUCUCCUCCGUCAGCCGGAAAGGACAAGGCCCUGCACAACCGCCGUCCGAGCCUCCUGAGCUCUUCACUCUCCAAACAAGAAUGCACCGUCAUUAACGUCGGCGAUCCGGAAGGCACUCCCCGAUUGAUCUCCUACCUCUCCUCCAGCCAGGGUUUCGCCUGGAACCCCGGUAUGUUUCACUUGUAUCAUGAAUGGCCUCUCCACGAGUCACGGCUAACAACUGGUAGAAAUCUUUCUCCCAUCUUAUAUCGACUGCGACUAUGUUCCCCUCGAGAACCGCCGGGACCCAGUCCACGAGAUCAUUCUGACCGACGACGAGUCCAAGAACCUGCUACCCCAUUAAAUCGCCUGACAUUAUAUCGCAUACACAGACCAGGCCACGAUAGACAUUUUCUUCUCACGAGAUUCCCGAUUCAACGACAGGCCUGCUAUUAUUCAGUUAUUGUUUUUAUGGCGUUACGAUUCCCGCGGCUUUUUACUUUACUUUCCUUGCCUUUCCUUUCAGUCAAGCAAGACAUGACACUUGUUUUAGGCCUGUCGACGCAUGGGCAUUGUUCGGUGGAGUAUGGUUUCGGGACAGGGUCCCUGGUCAAUCGGCUUGACAGCCUCACUUUUAGGUUUUGGCUUUGGCGGAGUAGACAAGACAUGGCAAAGCAUCCAUCACUUCAGCGUCCGGCACAUUCGGUAUCAAUCUUGGGAAUUGGAUUGGGGGAACGCCUGGAUUCGCGGGCUAAAUGGAAGAGGUUAUUUCACUUCUUGGGGGUCUUGAGACCAAACUGUUUCGUUCUUUUUCCUCACUAAUUUUGCGGCUGGACUGUUUUGUUCUUGAGGGAUGGUGGCGUUGAGGUAGGACGGUGUUUCUUUGUUUGUAACUCUCCUCAAUUCACAUGACUUAACUUGAUCAUCGCUCAAAUGACACCUGCGAUGUUGAUCGCUUCCCCGCUGGGGCCAAUCACCGAUGGCCGAUAUGAGCCGGCCCCCUACCGAGAACUCGCCCGGACCGAAGCUAACUGUACGGGGCCGGCCGGUGAACCUCCAUGUCAUUCAAGCCCAAGAAACAAGUUCCGUCUUCGGUAUUGGUGAUCGACGUCAGAUUGACAGAGAUCAAGUCUCAUCGUCGCACGGAUUAUGUUGGAUUGCAUUACGCUAUGGAUCUUUGUAAAAACGGUUUGAGGGCACGGCCACGAGUCUAUUACCGAUUCCCGACAACGAUUAACUUUGUUCCCAUACCGACCAGUACCCGGUAUCUGACUCAACCAACAUCCAUUGCCAAGAGCGCCAUGGUGCAAAAAUUAUCUUUACAGCACUUUCGCAUCUUGGGCAGCGAUUUAUGUCUUGAUCGAUAAUGAGGCCUGCAAUUCCGGGUGGCCUCGUUCUACAGGGUCCACCUUUUUCACCACAGUCGGUGAGAUCUCACAACGAUGCCUGGGGACACAACUCGGUAUCAUCAUGAGCACAGUUUGCGAGUCUAUCAAGCACAUACGACCAUAGCUCGUAGAAAAUACGGGAUCCCGUCUGCUCUCCCAUAGUCAAGCUGCGAAGCGCUGGAUUAGUAGUUGGGUCGGUGACG